AUGAAGGCUUUUCAGGGUCUGUUUCGCCUUACCCUCAACUUGAAAUCGUCUUGGAGAUACCCGAGAACAGCACCACCGCCCAACAGAAACUCGCACCUUUCUGCACACCGGCUAAUCUCCACCUCCAAUGCCUUGAAAAAGGAACAGAAGCGGCCUGAAGAUCAAGUCGAGCAGGAUCCACAAAAUAUAACUGGAGAGCUCCACGAGAAACUGUCACAUCAUGAAGUCGAUCGUGAAGUUGUCAAAACAUAUGCUGAAGAUCUGCGCCAUCGGUUUCAAGAGCUCCACGCAGACGUCGCUAUAAAGUAUGAAGAAUUCCUCCAAAAGGUUGAACGUGCGUAUUUGCAGCCAUCGGAUUCAGUCUGA